AUGGCAGCCAGCAGUUCUGAGGUCUCUGAGAUAAAUGGGUUGCAGGAGAGUCCCAAGACCCAGGGUGAAGGACCUGGCCCUUCUCAAGCGGGAACUGGCCCUCUCCAGGUCCACGCAGAGGUCCUAGAUCAGCCAGAAGCCCCGCAGCCAAGCUCAGGCACCACUGCGGCCCCUGUGGAGUCAGGGUCUUCCAAGACUGGGUUGGCCCCUGAGACCCCAGAGACCCCAGCUGGGGCCCCAGAAACAGCCCCCGCCACAGACCUCAGCUUAAACCCAGGAGGAGAAUCAAAGGCCAGCUCCAGCCCUGAAGAAGUAUGCCAAGAACCAGCAUCCAAACCAGAGGCAAACAAAGAGGCUACUGCCAAAGCAGACCAGGGAUCUCCUGAGCCAACCUCAGAGCCCGCUCCCCAGUCAGACCCUCAGCCCGCUCCCCAGCCCACCUCCAAAUCAGUGCUCCAGCCAGCACUCCCUCCUCAGGAGGACCCCACCCCUGAGGGCCAGACAGACAGUAUAGGGGAAAAGCAGGAGAAUGGAGCAGUGGUCCCACUGCAGGCUGGGGAUGGGGAAGAGGGUCCAGCCCCCCAGCCUCACUCACCACCCUCCACCAAAGCCCCCCCAGCCAAUGGAGCUCCCCCUCGAGUGCUACAGCAGCUGGUUGAGGAGGAACGAAUAGGAAGGGCCCACAGUGGGCACCCAGGAUCUCCCCGAGGGAGCCUGAGCCGCCACCCCAGCUCACAGUUGGCAGGGUCUGGGGUGGAAGGGGGCGAAGGCACCCAGAAACCUCGGGACUACAUCAUUCUUGCCAUCCUGUCUUGCUUCUGCCCCAUGUGGCCUGUCAACAUCGUGGCCUUCGCUUAUGCCGUCAUGUCCCGGAACAGCCUGCAGCAGGGGGACGUGGAUGGGGCCCAGCGUCUGGGCCGUGUGGCCAAACUCUUAAGCAUCGUGGCGCUGGUAGGGGGGGUCCUCAUCAUCAUUGCCUCCUGCGUCAUCAACUUAGGCGGUGAGUGAAGGUCUGGGACAGGUAGGGGUGGAGUGGAAGGGUUGAUGAGGGCAGCUUUACUAACCCCUGCCCCCUGCUCUCUCCUGUCUGUCUUCCCCACUUAUUCCUUUGUCUCUCCUUGUCUCCCCUUCUUCCUUG